AUGGAGGACAGAUUUCGAGUUAGGGGAUACCCACGCAGGUUGCUUAAACAAGCCCUCUAUAAGGCCAAAAAGAAGGUAAUGGAAGUGGAUUUGGUGCCGCCAAAAUUUCUGCUGGAUCCAAUCCACCCUGUGAUUCUGACCCAAAGAGGAGCCAAUGUCAUCCUCUCUUGUAUUCUACACAUGCGACCACUGAUCUACAGGGUGAAAUGGAGUAAGGUCAAUCCAGCUGACCCUCUGGAGAACCUCAUAUUAAUAUCUAAUGGACGGCACCACAAGAACUAUCACAGGCUGAAAGGUCAGGCUUAUCUGAGACGGAACCACCUCCUCGAUGCCUCCUUAGUGAUCAGAAAUGUGACUCUAGAGGAUGAAGGACGAUACCGAUGUGAGCUGGUGAAUGGUCUUGAAGAUCAAAGUUUAACUUUAUCAUUACAAUUGGAGGGGGUGGUCUUUCCAUAUCAGUCCAGUGGAGGGCGCUACAAAUUCAACUACGCGGAGGCCCAACAGGCUUGUGAGGAGCAGGACAGCAGGCUAGCCAGGUUUUCACAGCUUUACCAAUGUAAGAAUCUUGUCUUGUUCUGGAAACAAAGGUCUAAGACUGGGCAGCAGUAG